CUAAUAUUUAAUCUUGUUCAGUGUUCCGUUUUUGGUUGUGGUGGCAUCUGUGUGAAUCCUAUCCCAGAUCUGAGAUUUAUGCAACUGUAAAUAGGUGGAUUUGGGAUUGAGAUUUUGAAUUCAAUGAGCUUUUAGAUGAAAAAAGUGAUGUAAUUCUGAUAAUAGCGCUGUCUUCUGAACAUUUCGCUUAUGGUUGCCGCAAGAUCUGUUAUUUUCUUCAAAGUUUGUGGUCUCCUGGUUUGUGUUCUUAUACUUUUUUCGUUGAAAUAUGCAUAGGUAGAUUGUUUUGGAGUGUUGGCUUAGGUUUAGUCUUGCUGCAAGUUGAAGCAACGCUACUAUGCUUAAGCAAAUUCUUGCAAAACUUCCUAGGAAAUCAUCAAAAUGUGAUACGUUUGAUUCAGCGGGAAGCAAUUCCUGCAACAACACCUCAAAUUUGGGGAGUGGAAUUCAAUUUACCAAUAGUUGCACUGUCAUAGCAAACAGGCUGAAUGUAGUAAAACGGAUGUCGACAGCAAUCUUUCCUGCAAGUAUUGUGGCUGGUGGUGAGUCCGUGGCACCACAUGUGCCCUUUAAAGAUGUUUCAAAUGCGGAGAAGCAAAGCUUAUUUGUAAGCAAGUUGAAUCUCUGCUGUACAAUUUAUGAUUUCAAUGAUCCCGAUAAAGACUCCGCUGAGAAGGACUUGAAACGACAAGUUUUGCUGGAGCUGAAUGAUUUUGUUGCUUCAGGAUCUGCAAGAUUCACGGAAUCAGCAAUCGCUGCAGUCUGUAAAAUGUGUGCAGUUAACGUGUUCAGAACUUUUCCUCCCAAGUAUCUCUCAGUUCGUGGUGAAAGUGAAGAGGAUGAACCAAUGUUUGAUCCAGCUUGGUGUCAUUUACAACUUGUGUAUGACUUGUUCCUUAGCGUUAUCAGUCAAGGCUCUCUUGAUGCAAAGGUUGCUAAGAAAUACGUAAACCAUUCUUUCAUGUUGAAACUGCUUGACCUAUUUGAUUCUGAGGACCCAAGAGAAAGAGAAUGCUUGAAAUCAAUAUUGCAUCGCCUUUAUGGGAAGUUCAUGAUGCACAGGCCUUUUAUCCGAAAGGCUGUAAGCAAUAUCUUUUAUCGUUUCGCUUUUGAGACACAAAGACAUAACGGAAUUGCUGAGCUUCUGGAGGUUUUCGGAAGUGUAAUUAGUGGUUUUGCUUUACCAUUGAAGGAAGAGCACAGAUUAUUCUUCUCUAGAGCCUUGAUACCUUUACACAAGCCAAAAUCGCUGGGUAUCUAUCAUCAACAGUUAGCAUACUGUGUUGUACAGUUCAUAGAAAAGGAACAACAUCUGGCUAGCAUAGCGAUAACAAGAUUGUUGAGGUAUUGGCCAGUGACAAAUAGCCAGAAACAAUUGAUGUUCAUCAGUGAAUUGGAAGAAAUUUUAGAAAUGAUCAGUAUUGCUGAGUUUGAGAAGAUCAUGGUGCCACUGUUUCGUCGUAUAGGAUAUUGCCUUAACAGCUCCCAUUUCCAGGUGGCUGAAAGAGCACAUUUCUUGUGGAACAACGAUAAUGUCCUUAACCUCGUGAUGCACAACAGGCACGUGAUCAUGCCAAUUAUUAUCUCAGCUUUAGAACGGAACAGCCAGAACCACUGGAAUAAAGCUGUUCUUAAUCUGACUCAAAAUGUGAGGAAAGUCUUCUCUGAGAUGGAUGAAGAGCUCGUACUCGACUGCCAAGGCAAGCUCGAAGAAGAAAAUUCAAAGUCAAAUGUAGCAGCCGAGAGACGAAGGUUGACAUGGGAACGCCUAGAAAGUGUCGCUAAUUAUGAACCUGUUACCAUUCCUUCUAAUAUUCAAGGCUUGGUAAAACCUUCCACCUGUCUCAUUUCUUGCUAAUUUGAUCGUUGAUCGAUAGAAUGAACCAUCGUAGCUCUCAUUUCACGCGGUUUAUUUCGUGAAAAAAGAAGCAUGCAUGUUCCUGUUUCUUUAGUGUAUGGAUUUUGUGUCUUGGAAUAUGAAUGUAUAUAGAGGAUGCCACAAGGCAACAUGUUCACAUUUCAA